ACCCGGACGAGCUGCACCCUUCCUCCCUCUCCUCCGGCUCGCUCCUCCUCCUUCUCCUCCCACUCCUCCUUCUCUUCCUCCCUCCUUGACUCUCUAACCCCCUUGCUCUUUUUCCUCCUCCUCUCCUCUCGGCUGUGGAUGUCCUCCCCUCUUUCAGCAUGGAAUCGGGAGGGGAAGGAGGAGAGGGCUGGAUGGAGGACCAGUGGGAGAAAUGGCUGACUCAUGACAUCAGUGUGGAUGAGUUUGAGGAUGACGACCUGUCAGAGAUUACGGAGAUCACGGACGAGUGCGGGUUGAGUCUCAACUGCAACGGCCCAGAUAUAAAGGGCCGUGUGCGGCGAGGAACCAAUAGCAUGUCGGGGAGGGCGGAGCUGGGAGCCGUCGGCCAGCUUCAGGCAGAGAUGCUUCAUUUCGACCUCAUCGACGGUGCUGACGGUUACCGCGGUGAUAAGGAGUCCUCCAAGGCGACCGCAGUUGCUACGCCGCCGGUCACCAAGGACCCUGCAGCACCUGUUACCAUGGAUACGUACCGGCCCAAGAGACCCACGACCCUUAACCUCUUCCCAAUUGUGCCACGCACACAGGACACUUUAAACAACAACUCACUGGGGAAGAAAUACAGCUGGCAGGAGAAGGUUUCGGGCUCAUCCUCGCCUCUCAAGACAGGCGACCUCAGCCCUCCCCGGGAGCACCGCUGCCUGAGCGACGAGGACACGGUGCAGGCCGGGGCGGCGCAGACCAAAGACCGCGGGACGUCCACCGAUGCCCCGUGCAGACACAGCCACACCUCCGGACACGGAGCGGCCACCCGCUCCAAGCUGCAGGAGAAGCCGCCGGCUCCGCCGCCGCCCCAGAACUACACGCCGGCUCCCCUGUACCCGCCGGGUAAGGCGGACGGCGGGGGGUACCACCGGGAGAGGAGCCGCUACCAGGCGGAUGUGCACCUGGAGCCCACGGAGGAGAUCUAUCUGACUCCCGUGCAGCGCUCCGCCGACCCGCUGGAGCCCAACGCCGCCGCCGCCGCGCAGGACCGGCCGUUCCUCUCGCAGCAGAGCGAGCAGGGCCGGAUGUCCAUCAGCUCGGACACGGAAGGACCGCCCCCGUACCAGCCGCUCCCAGACCGGACCAACCCCUCCAUUUACGAGGAGGAUGAGGUCUACAUCCCCCCGCCCUCGUACGCCUCCUGCGUGGAGUCUCUCAUAACUCCGCCCGGCAUGGCGGUGUCGGGCUGCUCCUCCCACGCUCUGGACCUCAGCCUGAAGGGGGCGGGGAGCGGCGCCCGGGGCCUGCUGAGAGCCGGCUCCUCCGUGGAGUACGUGGACGCGGACGAAAGCUAUGGGGAGGACGAGGACGUGGACAGGGUGAUAGUGAGGAACGGAGGGAGGAGGGGGGACGGGAGCGGCGGCAAAGCCGUCAGGACUUCCCUGAGCCCGGAGGCCAGCGGCCUGUCCUACGACUCGGUCAAAUACACGCUGGUGGUGGACGAACACGCCCAGCUGGAGCUGGUCAGCCUCCGCCAGUGUUACCACGGCUACAGCGACGAGAGCGACUCGGCCACCGUCUACGACAACUGCGUGUCGUCUCCCUACGAGUCGGCCAUCGGGGAGGACUACGAGGAGGAGGACGAGGAGCAGGAUAAUGGGACCGGAGGAGUGCGGCGGGAAGACACGGCCUGCUUCUCCGAAGACUCCACCCCCGAGGCCGACCUGCACUUCUCCAAGAAGUUCCUCAACGUCUUCAUGAACGGCCGCUCUCGCUCAUCCAGUGCAGAGUCCUUUGGCUUGUUUUCCUGUGUAAUCAACGGAGAAGAGAAGGAUCAGACCCACAGAGCCGUGUACAGGUUUGUCCCUCGACACGACGACGAGCUGGAGCUGGAGGUGGACGACCCGUUGCUGGUGGAGGUCCAGGGGGAGGAUUUCUGGUACGAGGGCUUCAACAUGCGCACGGGCGCACGAGGGAUCUUCCCCGCCUACUACGCCAUCGAGGUGACCAGGGACACCGAGAACUACAAAGUGAAGAGCAGUGAAUGGAUGGACAGAUACUGCCUCAAAUUUCUGGGAUCAGUUCAAGUGCCCUACCACAAAGGAAAUGAUGUUCUAUGUGCAGCUAUGCAGAAGAUUGCCACCAACAGAAGGAUGACAGUGAAGUACAACCCGCCUUCUUCCUGCAUCCUGGAGAUCAGCGUCAAAGGCAUCAAGCUUACAGUUCAAGAAGAUUACUACGCCUGUGACAGAAGUAAUGAGUGCAGCCACUUCUUCCAGCUAAAGAACGUGUCCUUUUGUGGCUACCAUCCCAAAAAUAGCAAGUAUUUUGGUUUCAUUACUAAGCAUCCAGCAGACCAGAGAUUUGCCUGCCACGUGUUUGUGUCCGAGAACUCGACCAAACCCCUGGCAGAGUCAGUCGGGAAAGCCUUCCAGUUGUACUACAAAGAGUUCGUGGAGUUCUCGUGCCCUGUAGAGGACAUUUACUUGGAGUAACCCUGCCUUUUAACCACAGCAAUGUACAGCCCACUGUAUCAUAGCAUAAAGUUGCAUGAAGGACCUGAAUUUAAAAGUAAAACUAACACACAUUUCUUACAAAUUAUCAAGGAAAUAAGGAUAAGUGGACCUGUGGUGCAGGAAUGGAUGAAAGAAUGAGCCAAAGGAAAGAAAAAAGAAUUUAGAUAGAAAAAUAUGCAAACUGGUAUCAGUCAUAAAGUGGUCAAUGCAAAGCACAAAGCGUACAGGUCCGUCUGCAGCCGGGUCAACAGCUCGGCCAUGUCACGGCACUUAGAAGAAAAAAGGAGCCUAGAUUUGGGAAAAUAAACAAAAGAUCAGUUUAUUUAAACACUUGAAAUAUCUGGAGUCUGAGCAUGAAGGAGAUGUACAGUUAUUAAAAUAACAUCACUAAAAAUGUACAUUAAACGACUUAAAACUGGUGUAGGAACUGUACAUUGUUUUCAUUUGAGAAGACGUAUUGAAUACAAAGGUUAGUGCCGCUAAUUCCCCCGUUAUUCCCCCUUGGAGCUUGUAAAAGCACAUUUGAACGGAUGAACUUCACGUAGUUAUUCUGGACAACAUUGCUUGAGUUCAGAGCAGCAUCCCCAAAUCUUGACUCUUUUAGUUUUUUCAACCUUUAACCUUUUUUAACCUUCUAAAGUGGAUUUGCGGAUAUCCUUUAUAUCAUUGGCUGUCAGACUGAUGACCUUACAUGUGUCUCUAGAGACUCUGGUAAACAUCUCAAUAACUGCACAGUGAACAAGUGCUGCUGCAAAACAAACCCCAAACCACCAGAAAUACCUUUCUCUAAAUGUGGCAAAAAAAAAACCAACAAGAACACAGCACAGAACUUUAGGACCGUCUUCAUUUCCACUCUUGAUUUCUUUUUUUUUCUUUUUUUUUUACAUUUUAUAGUUUUUGGAAAUGGUUUUGAAAACCUUUCCUAAUUUAAAAUGCAUUAACAAGAGCUUCUCCAAGACAUUAGCUUCUGUCUUUCCCUCUUGGCAUUUUGUUAACACAAACAGAUGCCUUUAUAGAGGUCUGGAUACCUGCUAAUGAUUAGUUGAAGUGCUGGUGAUGAGCAGAAGCUGCCUGCGAUGUUUCUGCUUACAUACUGUGGAAACAGCAAAGCGGUACUUGGUAUUGCCCACAUGUUUUUUUUUCUUUUCAUUUUAGUUUUAUUUUUAUAAAAGAAUUCUAGAGUAACAAAAAAAAAGUUGCAUGUUCAUCUGAGGUUGUAUUCCCACUUCCAUCAGAUGAUUCGGUUUGUGCACAAAGAAACAAGAUUAAAAUGGGAUAUUACCUUUUUUUUUACAUGAUUGGCUUUUUACAUGAUUCCAUGUAUGGAAUGAUGUUAAUAAACCCUUCAUGGUGGGUUUGGCCAAUUUCUACAUUCAACAUUAGCUGCCAGAGCUGUCAUGCUCCCAGGCAAUCAUAAAUCAUAGUCGUGUUAAGGUGUGGUUACAUAAACAGAGUAAUUACUCAAUCAUAAAGCAGGUGUUUUGUGCAUCACUUUCCAUGCUAAAGUGCUAAGAUAAACAGCCCCAAACAUGUGCUCAGUAAAACCUAAAUCCUUAAUUCCCAGUUUGAUGCCAGACCAACUGCACUUCCUUAUCAUGAGUUUUAUCUUUGUGUAAAUCAUUUCCAAGGGCAUCAGAUAAGGGAAAGCCUUUGCCCCGGGCGGUGUGCCGGUAUAGGACAUGAGGUCUGACAAACAAGAUCUUCUUCAUAUUUCACAAAUGCUUGUCCGUUUUCACCUGAAGAAAUAUGUCAUAUAUCUGUGCAGUGGUGACGACUAAAUGACAGUGAUCCUUGGUGCCGCAGGUGCGAACAAGGGAGCAAAUAUUAAACUCUGGUGCCCUCACGUCUCCACGAGUAGUGCCUCUUUUUCAGUAGAUCAUUGUAACAGCGGUCCCAACGAUGUAAGGGACUGCCAUAGAGAGUGUGACGAGUCUAGCGGGUUUGGAUGCAACUUCAGAGUGUUUUGCUGUGAUUUUCCUUUUAUACCCACUGAGCUACAUGUGCUGUGCUGUACCCGUGCGGUCCAAUUCACGGCCAGAUACCAGUGACAUCGUACUAAGACGAUGCAUGUCUGUCACUCGGACAUAAAGAGACAGUAACGCAGCGGUAUUCAUACCUUUGGAUGAUGAUUCCUAGCUAAGAUGUCCACCAAUCAAGCAUGAUGUCAUCACUACCAACUGGAACAUUUUUGCCAGAUCAACCCUUCAACGGAGGAACAUUACUCUUCAGACGUUUACAAAGAACACAAUAAAGCAUCUGUGGCGUUCAUUAGUUCUCCACCCUCCUCAGAAAGCAUUUGGAUUAAACCUGGAGAUAUAUGUGGGUAGCAAUCCCCAAUCCAGAGGCCCCCAUCCCCACAAGCUACAGGGCCCGAAGGCUCUGCUCCCACCAUCCCAACACUGGACCCUCAAGGACGGGUUCUUGGUUCAGAUCCUGACAGGUCAGAGCUCUCCUGGGACCACGAGGGGGAUCUGCUCAAUUUCAAGCUGGUGGGCACAAUGGUGCGCUUGAUCGGUGCAGGUUAAAGCAAAAGCAUCAACGGCAACUCAGCAGGAUGGAAAAUACCUGACAUUUCCAAGGAAAGGACUGUAAUAAUUAUCAUCUGUGUUUGAUACCAUCAAAACAUAAACUGAGCAGAAAAAUAUGAACCCUCAUUAACCCCAUGAAGACAAAUGGGUUAUAGCUGAUAGAAGAAGACCUGCAACCUCUCAGACUUUUCUCAGAAAAUGUCUGUGACCCACCAUAGCUGUAAUCACAGCUCCUUUUUUUAACACAACUGUAAACUUUUGUUCAUAAUGGCUGUUGUGUUUGGGGGGAUGACAUAAAACUGUGUUACUGACUCCACCCCUCUCCUCUGCAGGACUUACAGUUUUCUAAAUCAGAUUUUGUUCUUUCCACUCCAGAGGUGCAUGUACCCCAGAACAGGGUGAUGGUGUGAUUUGGAGGUGCAGAAAGGAUGAUGGAGCUGGAUAAAUCGAUAAAACAGCAGCAUCUUAUAUGAUUUAUCCCAGACCUGGGCAAACGUGAACAGCUCAUGGAAAAGCAUAUUUUCAGACUCAGACUGUCUAAAACCAAGUUCACGUCUAUUUUUGUUUCGGAUCUUUAUUUUAUUGCACUUAAACUACCCAAACUAAUUAAAAUCUAAACUACUAAAUGUUAGCUCCACAUCCGAUUCAACUAAUCAUUGAGGGUCCCCUUUAUCACAAAGGCCUAUGAAGCACAUCCCUGGAUUCCAGCAUGAUACAGCACAGUCGCUCAGCAGUUAAAACAAAGGUUUCCUCCCUACAUCUUAUACAACUUAUUGGAAAAUGAUUAUUUUAUGUGAUCUGAGAGAAAAGAUACAAUGUCUGUAAAAACAAAUGUGAAUUAAAGGUGAUGGAAAUGUCCUUUUCAGCCAUCUCGCCGGUUCCCACAUACAGUCCCUUUAAGAAGAUUUUUUUGUAAAUCUAAAUCUAAAAGCUAUCGUGAGACUACUUUUAUAUGAAUUCCUUUCUCGAGAGCUGAUCACACCAGACGAUGGAUUUCUGUCAGAACUUUACAAAGAGAGUAUAGACAUGCCAUGUAUAAAAAUAAUUUAAUAUCUGUAAAUAUAAAUAUGACAUUGUAAUGAUUCAACAUGUAGUAUGUGAAAUUCCUCUUUAUUUUUAUUUAUUUUUUUUAGCUGUGCAUUUUUCUUGAUUUAAAAAUUUUAA